ACUUUAAUCAUUUAAUACGCACAAAUUAAAAACAAAGUUACUACUGCAACUUAAUUCAAGGAGCAGAAAAGAAUGUGAUGUGAUCAGAUUGUCAUGUUGUUAAACACGUGAUACAUCGCACUUUAAAUACUUAUAGGUUAUAUUUGAUACCACGAUAGAGGAGAAUCGUGAAAAAUAAAGAUUUUAUCAUAUAUAUUUCCUGUGUAUAGAGAAAUAAUUGAAUGCAAAGUAUUCAAUAGAAAUUUAUUUUUUAUGAAACGUGAUAUUUUUAAGAAUUACACGAAAUUCUUUAUCUUAAAGAAGCAUGGCCAGAACAAUUGUACAGAGAAUAACUAUAAAUCUCCUGCUGAAGCCUCAGACUCAACUGCAGCUUGUGAAGCUUGCUUUGCCAUCAUAUUUCAAGGAACAUACGCUCGUUAGAUCUAUUUCACAAAACAGGCUACUGUACAAAGAUGUAGAUGUAUUGGAUCAUACCUGUGAAGUGUCAAAUUACGAUGCGUACCUGAUAAAUUACAAACCUGUUGUACGAAUUAUUGUGCAAACUCUCAAAGAAAUCUUGGAUACAACGUCAACGGAGACAAAUAAAAUUAUUACAGAUAAUCCUCAACUUAAAAAGCGAACCAGGGCGAAUAUCUUGAACAAUUAUUAUAAUCUCAUAGAUGCAGGUGUACUGAAAAACACCAUCAUAAAAAAUGCCUGGUUAUUGGCACAUGAAAACAAUAAACUCAAAGAUAAGCUCGAUUGUAUCAAAGUACUUAAUAUGAACAAUGAUCAACUUAUACCGUGGCUACGUUUGACUCAGGAGGAAUUGACAAGUUUUGUACUUUAUACGCAAAAUGAUAUGGGUCCUUAUACGUACAACAAGAUUGAACAUCUUGCUCAUAGACUAGAGUGCAACGUAGAAAAAUUAUGCGAAUUAGCAGUACGGUAUACUUUCUUAUUAAAAAUUCCAAUUUCCUACAUAGACAAAAAGUUGAACAUAUUACAUGAGUAUGAUGUAAGUAACAAGCAUAUAUUGAAAGAUUUAUGGGUACUCCGAUACAGUGAAAAUCAUAUACGUCACAGAUGUGAAUUGUAUAAGGAUACAGGAAAUUUAGAGGUAAAAACGUGGGCUAUAAGAUGUCCACUUAGAGUUAUAGCAAGAACCAUUCAAAAGAAUACCCUGAAACGCGGUUUAAUGAGGCAUCAUACGAACGUUAACGAAUAUUUGAUGAAUAAAUUAAAGGUCGAUGAAGAAAAACUCAAUCAGGCGGUCGCGAAAUCGCCGGGUAUUUUACGGGUGAACUUGUUGAAAUUAAAUCGAUUAAUUAACAUAUUACACCAAAAUGGAAUUACUAGCGACGAAAUACUAAAAAAUAUACGAAUCUUUUAUUUCAACGUAGAAACUGUAGAGAACCGAAUUAAAAUUAUGAAAAAGGAACGUCUCAAUCCGAGACUUGCUGUGCUGGUAGUAGCCGAGCAAUCCUUUGAACGGCAUAUAGAAAAAAUACUUCUACAACGAGAAAUAUUGCAAGAGCAUCCAGAUGUUAAAGAAUAUUUAAUCAAUAGAUUAAAUGUCGAUCAAAAACUUCUUGAAAAAGCCAUUACAAAGUGGCCGUCCAUCUUACGAGUAAACAUACGAAAAAUAAAUCAAUUGAUUAAUUUGAUGCAACAGAAUGGCAUAAUGGGCGACGAAAUAGUACGUUAUCCGCGAAUUUUUUAUUUUAAUACGGAAACUAUACGCAAACGGAUUGAAAUGCUAAAAGAAGCUGGCCUGUCGCCGAAGAUCUCUUUACUAACAUAUUCUCAAAAAGAUUUAAAUGAAUAUAUAAAGAAUAAAGUACAUAAAUUUUAAAAAUAUUAGUUU